AAAUGGUACCGUAUAUUGAAUUACUGGUCGGAACGCAAUAUCUCGGGUCCAAAACCCAUCCCAUUGUUUGGCAAUAAUUUAAGUCCUGUCCUAAAGCCGAGAGCAAUGGUUGAUAUGGAGUGGUAUAACACUUACGGCUCAAUCUAUGGAGUCUACGAUUGUGGACAACCUGUCCUCUAUGUGUUAGACCCGGUGCUCAUCAAACAGAUUCUGGUCAAAGAGUUUCACAAAUUCCCAAACAGAGCGCAGAUCCCGGAGUUGAGUGGACUCAUCUCAAAGUCCAUACCCCGAGCCAGGGAUGAGAACUGGAAGCGUAUCCGCGCGAUAGCGAGUCCCACAUUCACUACCGGCAAACUGCGACACAUGUAUCCACUGCUCAACGAGUGUUGCCACGACUUCUUGGCCGAACUCGACAGAGAUGUGUCCACCAGUGGUGGUCACCGGGAAGUGGACGUCAAGCAACUGAUGAGCGCCUAUACACUCGACGCGAUCACCAGCACAGCGUUCGCCAUCAAAACCAACUCCUAUUCCGACCCAAACAACCGGUUCAUCACGACAUCCAAUAAUAUCGCAAAAACAAUUUUUUAUACCAAUAAAUGGCAAAAGAUAUUACCCAUGAUUUUACCCACAUUUCUAACCAAUACCCGAAUGUGGAAAUGGAUGGCAGCCGGCGGUCGACCCGACGAUCGGUACUUCAAUGAUGUCGCCCGACGUUUGAUGUCUGAGCGCAAGAAAUCGGAUCAAAAACACAACGAUUUUCUACAGCUUUUGAUGGAUGUGAAGAGAGAGGACGACACCAGCCAUACGACUACCGGUGCCGGCGAUGCGGCCGAAGAACUUCGCGGGAAUGAAGGCGUCGACGAACUGAUGGCAGAGAAACAGCUGUUGAGUGGAGUGUUGGCCAAGAAGUUGACCGCCGAUGAAAUACUCGCGCAGUGCUCGACGUUUUUUACGGCUGGUUAUGAGACCACGGCUCUCACCCUAACGUACUGUACGUAUGAAUUGGCAGUCAAUCCCGAUAUUCAGGACCGGUUGGUGGCGGAGAUCAGAGAAGCGCUCAAUGAACACAACGGAGACAUAGACUACGAAACCCUUCUCCGACUCCCACUCCUCGACGCCGUUAUAUCGGAAACUCUCCGCAAAUAUCCCACGGAUUCACGACUGGAAAGGCAGGCCUCGGAUGACGCGGUGCUUAGCGCUGGUAGCGAUCGGUCGACGAUUAAUAUCUCGAAGGGAAUGGUUAUAAAGAUCUCGACGUAUGCCUUACAUCACAACCCGGACUACUUUCCCGACCCGUUUGCCUUCAAACCCGACCGCUUUUUGCCCCAAAAUCGCCAUAACAUCAAACCCUAUACAUACCUACCGUUCGGCUCCGGACCGCGUACUUGUCUGGGUAUGCGUUUUGCAUUGCUUGAAGUGAAACUAGGCAUGGUCAACAUGAUGCAACAAUUCCGUUUCUAUCGGGUGCCCGACACGGAUGUGCCCCUCGUUUUCCUGAGGGGUUCCGACCGGUUAUACGCGAAGAGAGUUGUGGUGGGCGUCACUAAACGC